AUGGCAGCAGACAGCAGCAUGGCUCCCGAAGAAAAGCCGAGCACUGCUCCUGUAAAAAGGGCUGUCCACAAGAUCCGAAUGGCCAGCCAAGUCUUCAGUUUGGCACGAGGAUGGCAGCAGUGGGCAUCUGACCACCAUGUAAAGCAAGAGCAAGAGCCCUCUGGAUGGGCCCCUACUGCAGAAGGCUCAUCAGCUCAGCCUGUACAAGAAAGUUCCUUCAAAAAAUGGCAAAUUCCAUCUGUCAAGAGGGACCAAGAAAAAGGUGAUGAAAAAUCCUCAGUGACAAUAAGAGAUGCUGAAAAAAAUUCAAGGGAAUCAGAUGAAGCCCUCAAAAUGUUCAACAUUAAAAGCAAAGAGGUGACCAAAACCGUUGUCAGCAAAGCCUACGAACGAGGAGGUGGCGUCAGCCUCCUCAGUGAAAGAUAUGAGAAUAACAACAGCAGCUCGGAGAUGACCAAGCUCAAAGAAGAAUCAAGUGCUAUUGACAAAAUUCUUAGUGGUAAAUUAUCUCCAACCAUAAGGAGAAAGUGUUCAACUUUGGUAUCAGAUCUGACCAAGGGCUGGGAACAUAUGGAACAAGAGGACAAAGAGGGAUCUAAGAAAGAACUGCUACUUAAGUGUCGUGAUGACAGCCUGGAUGCCCAGGACAGUGGCUAUGGGGAGGCAGAAGAAAAGCUCGAGCAGGAAGACAGUGACCGAGAGGUGACGGCUGUGAGGAUUAAACGUCCUGUACCAUCUCUCGCAAGCAAACUGAGCGAAGAGGCCCGCGCCAACUCCCGCAGGAAAGACAGCGCCGUUCACAGCCUGAAGGACAAGUGGCAGGAAUGGGCCGACCAGCACAUCACAACGCAGAAGCUGAACCCCUUCAGCGAGGAAUUUGAUCACGAGCUGGCCAUGUCCACACGCCUGCACAAAGGAGAUGAAGGAUAUGGCCGUCCAAAGGAAGGAACCAAAACCGCUGAAAGAGCCAAGAGAGCCGAGGCCCAUAUCCAUCGGGAGAUCAGGGACAUGUGCUUCAUCAUCGAAUCAAUGGCUAGGCCACGGCCUGAUGGCAAGAUCCAAGUUACUUUUGGGGAACUCUUUGAGAGAUAUGUUCGUAUUUCAGAUAAGGUUGUUGGAAUUCUGAUGAGAGCCAGGAAACAUGGGCUGGUGGACUUUGAGGGAGAAAUGUUAUGGCAAGGAAGGGAUGAUAAUGUCAUAAUUACUUUAUUAAAAUAAGCAAACCAGAACAAUUUUUGGAAAACUU